UGUGUGAAUAAAAGUGCGCGUGCUGUCGGUGCUCUCACUCCGCGCUCUGCUGCGUGCCGCUCCAUGCGCUUCUCCCUCUCCUCAAUCCUCAUCCUCCUCAAGGCAGCAUCAUCUCAUCAGCAGCAGCAUCAUGCUGUGGAAAUCCCGAGCCAAGACUGAUCCAUACUGCAUACAGGGUCCUGACCGGGCUGAUGGAGUGUCCGGUUCCUCGCCUCCCUCCCGCCUCCCUCAGCUCUCCUCCUUCUCCGCGGCUCCUCCGCUGUGCCACACUCCAUCCUCAGACUUCCAGCCCCCGUACUUCCCCCCGCCGUACCCCCAGGCCUCCCUGCCGUACCCCCAGAGCCAGGACGCGUCCUACCCGCACCUCCCCGACCCCUACCAGUCCCUGAGCUCCCUGCACCCAUCCCAGCACCUGUCCCAGCACCUGCCCCCUCAGCAGCAGCAGCAACAGCAGCAGCAGUGGCUGUCCCAGCGGAGUCGUGUCGAUGACGGGGGCCUGCUGCCCCACUCCCUGCGCCGGGACUACCCCACCGUGCCCCGGCUCCUGCACGGACUCGGCGAGGACGGUCCGAUCGCGAUGCAUCACGGGAUGGACGACCUCCAGGGGAUGGAGGAGGCCUCCGCACUGGGGAUUCUGGACCACUCAGUCAUCAAGAAAGUUCCCAUCCCCUCUAAGCUGAAUGGCUCAGCUCUGUCCGUUCUGUCCCUGGGUAAGGAUGGCCUGGGCCUGGGUGGUGUUUCUAACCCUGGAGAAGUUUUCUGCUCAGUUCCUGGACGCCUGUCCCUCCUCAGCUCCACAUCCAAGUACAAGGUGACGGUGGGAGAGGUCCAGAGGAGGCUGAGCCCACCCGAGUGCCUCAAUGCCUCGCUGUUAGGAGGAGUGCUGAGAAGAGCCAAGUCAAAGAACGGUGGCCGCUGUCUCCGGGAACGCCUGGAGAAGAUCGGCCUGAAUCUGCCUGCCGGCCGCCGCAAAGCAGCUAACGUCACACUUCUCACAGCGCUGGUUGAAGGUGAAGCAGUGCACCUGGCGAGGGACUUUGGCUAUGUGUGUGAGACAGAGUUUCCAGCAAGAGCUACAGCAGAGUACUUGUGCAGGCAGAGCGAUCCAGAGCAGCUUCCUACAAGGCGGAGCAUGCUGCUGGCCACAAAGGAAAUCUGUAAGGAGUUUAUUGACCUGAUGUCCCAGGACAGGUCGCCGCUGGGGGCCAGUCGACCCACGCCAUGCCUGGAGCCCGGGGUGCAGGGCAGCCUGACCCACUUCAGCCUGCUGACCCACGGCUUCGGCACGCCAGCCAUCUGCGCCGCCCUCUCCGCCUUCCAGAGCUACCUGCUGGAGGCCCUCAAAAUGCUGGACAAAGGCGAGGGCGGCGGCAAGGGCCACCAGGAGAAAGAGCUCAAACACCGCAAAUGAGGCUCCAGGACCUCUAUCAGAGACAGACAGACAAACAAACAGAGACUGGACUCUUCCCCAGCCUUUUAGAGUGAGAGUGUGAGUGUAUUUAUGUGCGUGUGUGUGGGUAAGUAUGUGCGUGCGUGAGUGUGUGAGAGAGAGAGAGCGUGUGCAAGUUCGCCACUCAAGUCUGACUCAGAAGCAGCUGGGGUCAAUUCUCUGCAUCACAGGAGUUUGUGCCUGCGGGAUAUGUCUUCCUCUGGACACAGUGAUGACUGACCACUGCUCCUCUUCUGCCCUGAGCAGGGUCCACUACUGCCCACUUCGCCACGUCAUGUCCAACCAGGAGAGAAUCUCACAAAUCAGGAUUUCUCAGUCUGUCAGAGAACUUAACCCCUUACCUUUUACAUCGACAGACAACAAUAACUAUAAUACUAUGUACUAAUGUCUUAAAUGAUUGGUAUGGAUUCCCAUCUAGUAACUGAAUAAUAAGUUAAAGGAGCUCACCCAUCUAAAUCCUUAAGAGGUGCCACAAGGAAAGCUAAGUCCA